UUCCUUCCCCACUGUAAGGCGUAAGCAAAGAAAAGGAGGGGGAUUUUUCUCGCUCGUUUCCCUCGAAAUUUUCUCAUUCAUUUUCCUUACCAAUUCAAAUUCAACGGAUUCCACAUACAAAACCCAUGCGAGAACGAGUUCUUAACCCACCAACUUCUCACAGAAAUCGACGAUUCUGAGAGAGAAGAGGAAGAAGAAGAAGAGAAGAAAAGUUCGGGCAUGAAAAUGGAAGCUCGAGUUGGGCAAAGAGCUCUUAACUCAGCUCACGGAAGCGUCGUCGAUGGCGGCGCGAGAAAAUUGUUUGAGCCACAGCCUCAACAACAACAACAACAACAACAGAGCCAGGUGAAGCAGUCGUUGAAUCAGCAAUCGCACAUGGGGACGGUGCACUUUCUCGCCGGAGGAAUCGCCGGCGCUUUCAGCAAGACCUGCACGGCUCCUCUCGCUCGCCUCACUAUUCUCUUUCAGGUGCAAGGAAUGCACUCUGAUGUUGCAGCAUUGAGUAAGGCAAGCAUAUGGCAUGAAGCUUCUCGUAUUUUAAAUGAAGAAGGUUUUAGAGCAUUUUGGAGAGGCAAUCUGGUUACAAUUGCUCACCGUCUUCCUUAUUCUUCUGUGAACUUCUAUGCUUAUGAACGCUACAAGAAUUUGCUGCAUUCCAUUCUCAGAGAAAAUUACAAGGGUAAUGCAAGUACAGACCUUUUUGUACACUUUGUUGGCGGUGGAAUGGCAGGAAUUACGGCUGCCUCGGCAACGUAUCCAUUGGAUCUUGUGAGGACGCGGCUUGCAGCACAGAGAAACGUGAUAUACUAUAGGGGCAUCUGGCAUGCGUUUGAUACCAUUUGCAGAGAAGAAGGUUUUUUGGGCUUAUAUAAAGGACUUGGACCAACAUUGCUGGGUGUAGGACCAAGUAUAGCAAUAAGUUUCUCUGUUUAUGAGACAUUAAGAUCUUAUUGGCAAUCUCAUAGGCCUAAUGAUUCAACUGUCAUGGUCAGUCUUGCUUGCGGUAGUCUUUCAGGCAUCGCAUCAUCAACAGCAACAUUCCCUCUUGAUCUUGUGAGACGACGGAUGCAACUGGAGGGGGCUUGUGGUCGAGCACGAGUCUAUAAUAAUGGCUUAUCCGGGGCAUUUAGGCAUAUAUUCAAGACCGAAGGCCUGCGAGGCUUGUAUAGAGGCAUUCUGCCAGAAUACUACAAGGUUGUUCCGGGUGUAGGCAUUGUGUUCAUGACCUACGAAACGCUGAAGAUCUUUUUGUCGAGCUUCCAAACAAGUUAUUAGUUGCUUCAGUCUCCCAUUUCAAACAUUAGCUGUGCUCCUCAAACCGGUUAGCAGGUUCGGGUUUCGAGUAUUUUGAUACUUAAAACAUAAGCUAAAAGUAAUUAAGUAGAGAAAUUAGGGGAUAUAUAGGAAAAAAGAUUUCUGUGGCAGUUAAGAUUUCUGUGGUAGUUCAUCAGAUAUUCUAUGGUGGUAAAUUUUGCAGUUGCUGCCAAUAGUCGAUUAUUUUUUCGUGUAUAGGUAUUUUGCUUCAUGUUCCACAUUAUGUACCCAAUCUCAAAAUAUUUUGGAGGUAACCUCUUAACAUUUAUUUGUUGAUAAUUAUCAACAUCACAUUUUUGUUGCGGCAAGCUUGUUUGUUAGUUGUUAGAGCGUCACCUUUGUGUUGAAACCUUAUUUUA